AUGUCUCUUACACUGGAUAUCGUGGAUAUUCUUGAUGAGUUGAAUAUGCUGCUUCUUGUCCUGGAGCAGCAAAUCAACGUGCUACUUACCGUGAAAGACCAGUUUCAGAACAUGAAAUCAGGGACCGAUCUAACCAAACGGCUCAAUAAAGUCCAGAUCAACGUUAAUGCAACUUCACUGGGAAAUUUGUUCGUGGAUCAGCCACGGAACGGCGACUCAGAAACCGAAAUAAGAGUCGACGCUACCAGUGUAGGCAACGUACACUUUAAGACAUCGGAUACUGAAGGUACCAUGGUUGCAAAGAGCAUACGUGGGUACGCAGGAAGAAGCAUGCGGGAAGCCGAUAAACUGUUGAGGAGUGAGACUGCGAAUCUUACGAGACUUCGCAGCGACGCGAAACAGCUCCCGCUAUCGUUCUUCAGCUCCUACUUUGGCCAGAACGUGUCCGAGUUCACGGGAAGCAACCAGAACCCAUCGUCCGGCAAGCUUUGGAGGAUCGCUGGUAAGUCUCUGGUUUUGCCCCGGAUUCUCGGCGGCGCGAGUGCUGAUUAA